CAUUUUUCUUUCUUAAUGUGGACUCUUGUUUUGAUCUCCUUUCGGUAUUGCCUGUUUUCAGGUUCAUACCGUGCUUCAGCUGCUGAUACAUUAGCUCCAACUCAAUCCAUCAGGAAUGGCAGCACCUUAGUUUCUUCUGAUCAAACAUUUGAGCUAGGAUUCUUUUCACCCGGUGAGUCCAACAAAUAUUACUUGGGAAUAUGGUAUAAAAGGCUUCCUGACACUGUUGUAUGGGUUGGUAACAGAGAAAACCCAGUUAUCGAUUCACAUGCCUUCCUUAAUAUUUCCAGCACUGGUAACCUGUUUAUCUUCGAUGGACAAAACACUACUAUUUGGUCAACUAAUUCAUCUAGAUCAGCCAAAAAUCCAAUUGCACAACUGUUGGAUUCUGGAAAUUUUGUUGUUAAAGACGAGGAUACUGAUGAAGAUACAGAAAGCUACUUGUGGGAAAGUUUUGAUUUUCCAUCGGACACUCAAUUGGCAGGGAUGAAGAUUGGAAGGAACUUUAAAACCGGCAUAAACCGAUAUUUGACAGCACGGAAGGGUGUUAAUGAUCCAUCUCCUGGAGAUUUUACUUAUGGACUUGAUAACGACUCACCUCAGUUUGAUGUUCGUGAGGGAACAAAGAAGAGGUUUCGAAUAGGUCCAUGGAAUGGAAUUAAAUAUAGUGGUCGUCCAUCACAGAUAAGCCCUAUUAUUUAUCAUGUUUCUGUUUAUAACACAGAGGAGGCUUACAAUAUGUUUGAAGUGACAGACAAAUCUAUUAUCUCAAGACUUACCGUGAAUGAAUCCGGUUUAGUUCAACGGCUUGUGUUGUAUGAGAACACUAGUGAAUGGAUUGUCAUGUAUACAUUGCAGAAUGACUUGUGUGACGAUUAUGCUCACUGUGGCCCUAAUGGAAUUUGUAAAAUCAAUCAACUGCCAAUCUGUGAAUGCUUGGAAGGGUUUGUUCCGAGAUUGGAGCGCGAGUGGCAAGUACUCAAUUGGACUGGUGGAUGUGUAAGGAGGACUCCAUUAGAUUGCCAGGAGAGAGAGGGAUUCUUGAAAAUUAAGAACGUGAAAUUGCCAGACCUAUUGCAAUUUAAGUUAGACGAAAGGAUGAACCUCAAGGACUGCAGGGUCGAGUGUUUGAAGAAUUGUUCAUGUACAGCGUAUGCUAAUUUGAAUUACAAUGGAAGCGGAUGUUUAAUGUGGUUUGGAAAUCUGAUAGAUAUCCGGGAAUACAUUGAAGAACAAAGUGAGCAAGGUAUUUAUAUUCGAGUGCCAGCUUCAGAAAUAAGAACAGGUGAUUCGAUUUGGAAAAGUAGAAGAAUAGUCAUUAUAGUGGCCUCAUCAAUGCUUUUCGGGCUGCUUGCUUUAGUUUUGAUGUGCUGGUAUAUGAUUCGGAAGUGUAGGAGAAAGAUAAAAGAAUCGCAAGCAAACAAAGAAGAUCUGGAGUUGCCAUUAUUCGAUUUUGUUACAAUUGCAUCUGCGACCAAUAACUUUUCCGACUCAAAUAAAAUAGGAACAGGUGGUUUUGGACUUGUGUACAAGGGUGAGCUAUUUAAGGGACAAGAAAUAGCAGUAAAGAGGCUCUCUCGCAAUUCCCAGCAAGGUGUUGAACAGUUCAUGAAUGAAGUUGCAAUGAUAUCUAAGCUUCAACACAGGAAUCUUGUUAGGCUUUUGGGCUGUUGCAUUAAAAGAGAUGAAAGGAUGCUUAUCUACGAGUUUAUGUCUAACAGAAGCUUGAAUUACUUUAUUUUUGAUGAAACCAGAAGAAAGUUGUUGACAUGGCCAAAGCGUUUCGAAAUCAUUAUGGGAAUUUCAAGGGGGCUUCUUUACCUCCACCAAGAUUCGAGAUUGAGAAUCAUUCACAGGGAUUUGAAAGCUAGUAAUGUGUUGCUGGACAAUGAGUUGAACCCCAAAAUUUCAGACUUUGGGAUAGCGAAAAUGUUUGGAGGUGAUCAAGUUGAAGCCAAAACUAAUAGAGUAAUUGGGACAUAUGGUUAUAUGUCUCCGGAGUACGCGAUCGACGGGAAAUUUUCAGUUAAAUCUGAUGUGUUUAGCUUGGGGGUGCUUCUGUUAGAGAUUGUGAGUGGGAAAAGGAACAGGGGCUUUAACCAUCCGGAUCAUUACCACAAUCUCUUGGGACAUGCAUGGCUGCUGUGGAACGAUGAGAAGGCCUUGGGGCUAAUGGAUCAAUGUUUGGAAGAUUCGUGUGUUGAAGCACAAGUGGUGAGGUGCAUUCAGGUAGGUCUGCUGUGUGUUCAGAAACACGGAGAAGAGAGACCAACAAUGUCGCACGUGGUUCGGAUGUUGGAUAAUGAAGAGAUCACAUCGACACUGCCUCCACCAAAGGAGCCUGGGUUCUACGUAGAAAGAAGUUCCGCUGAUACAAGUGCUGUAGGUUUACAUAUGGAACCUUCAACUGAAAAUUCAGUCACCUUGACUCUGGAAGAAGGUAGAUAAAAAGAUUCUUAGCAAAGUAUUGAACGUAAAAAGCACAUUGCUUUAAGGUCGAAUGAUUUGAAAUU